GCAGCGAUGCAAGGCAGCUGAAGAAACACAUUCGCCCGCGAGACAUGCGUCACUCGAGUGACUGCGCAAGUGCACAGCCUCGCAGAGCGUCCCAGCAUCCUAGCCAAUCCCCACCAUGACCGCUAACAAGGACCACCCGCCCAUUGCUGCUCGCACUCCUGUCAUAUAACCGCUGGCUGCGAUGUAUUGAUAUUUCCGGCCGCCUCUCUUCCUAUACCGAACCUCUCUUAUACUCUUCCUCCUCCCUUCGCUUUCGCUUCCCCCUUUCUACCCCGCCAUCUGCUCUCUCCACACCGGCGACAUGGCGGUACCCACACCUCCCAUCCCGCCUGUCUCGCCAGACUCGGGCCCUACCGACCCUACGCUUCCCAAGCUGCCCGCUGGAUGGAUAGCGCAGUGGGAUAACUCAUCCCGAAAGUAUUACUAUGUCCAGAUCAGCACCGGCGUCUCGCAAUGGGAACUGCCCACAAGCGAAGCGCCCGUAGGCGGCUCCUCGUCCCACAGCACACCCGCGCAACAGACGAACCCAUACAACGUACCCGGCACCUCAGGUCCCGAUGCAGGCGACGGACAAAGAGGCAUGGGCGACGGCCCGACUGGCGACAGGGCAGGCGGACUGGGCGGCUUUGCGAUGAACGCGCUCAUGGGUAACAAGCAGAGUAAUAGUGGACAUGGUGGCGGUGGCUCGGGAAACCUUGUCGGUCAACUCGCUGGAUCGUUCCUCGGAGGUGGGAAACAACAUGGUGGUUCUUCUGGGGGUCACUCUGGUAGUGGUGGUGGUGCGGGACAGCUUGUUGGACAGCUGGCUAGUGGUCUCCUAGGUGGUGGGAAGCAGCAUGGAAGUUCUGGAGGUCAGCAUGGUGGCAGCGCUGGCCACGCAUCGAGCGGCGGUGGUGGUCUUGGAGGCAUGCUUGGAAGUGUGCUUGGUGGAGGAUCAUCGCACAACAAGCCCAACAACGGCGACUACGGCUACUCCGGUGCCUCGUCAGGCGGCACCUACACCGGCACCGCGCCGCCAACGUCCUACAACCCCAGCGCUCAAGGCGGCCAGUACGGCAGCGGCCCUCCAAGCCACGGUUACUCAUCUCCCGGUCCCGGACAACAAUACGGUCAGGGCCAAGCCCACGGAGGUUACGGCGCACAACACUCUCCGCCCCAGCAGCAGCAGCAGCACGGUCAACACGGCCAGCACCAAAGCUACGGCCCGCAAGCUGGAUUCGGUGCACAGUCAGGAUACGGUGGGCCAGCACCAGGCUACGGUCAAGGACCACCGGCAGGCGGCCCACCAGGCGGGUACGGACAACAAGCUGGCUACGGAGGUCCGGCAUACGGCGCACCAACCGGUCCCUACGGCGGCGCCGCAAACUACGAUAACCAUCAGCACAACCAAUACGGCGGUGCUCCCACACACGCCAACCAAUACGGAGGUGGCGAACAGUAUCCUCCUCCUCCUGGCGGCCAUCAGGCUGGGUACGGAGGACCGCCGAGCCACCACACUCCUCAGCCGGGUUGGCAGUAAACCUAUCGCAUUCGAUCGAGCGAAUCGUUGCGCGGUACUUGGAUAAAGGAUACACGGUCUUGGGUAGAUUGCGGUAUGACGGUGCCACGAUGAGAGAGGAACGGACGAUGUUCAGUGUUUUGAACAUCGCGUCUUGGUCUUACUAGAGAUACCUUUCUGAACUGUGUAGAUUGAAUCAUCUUUGUUCUCUUCCUGAGUUCUGCCUCAUGUCGUCUUUGUGAUCUGGCAUAGCAGUAUCCGUGACUCUUUGGCCUUGGGACUGUAAUAGUGACGGGUGG